CAAAGAUAUCCGAUAUCUUUAACACGGCCACACCCUCCAGAAGUCUUUUUCGCGCUGUGUUUCUGGUGAGUGUGUAAACUAUGGCCUACGGUGAUCCUAACGACUUUGGUUGGUGUAAUUUGGUGGUAAAGUUUUUGCUGUUCGUGACCAACGUCGUUGUCUGGCUUUUGGGUGUUGCUCUUCUCGGGGCGGGAGUCUACGUGUUGACUGCUCCAGAGACCAACCUGGACAAUGUAGACGUUGAUAACUUCCUUACUGCCCCUGCCAUCCUCCUCUGCAUAAUUGGUGGGGUUCUAUUGUGGGCAUUUGACAUUGAAUUCCACUCUCAGUACACAGGAAUUUUGUCGGUGCUGGUGUUACUGGAGAUAGCAGUAGUAGUCUAUGUGUAUCUGCAGCGGGACUCGGCACUGAGUGCAUUCAGAACCACUCUGAGGGAGGGAAUAGAGCAGUACUAUGACGACCCGGACAAGGCCAGCAUCGUUGACCAGCUACAGUCUCAGUUGAUAGGCUGUUGUGGGGUGGAGGAUCCCAAUGACUGGCAGGCAAACCCUUACUUCAACUGCUCCAGUCAGGCAGCCCAGCGCUGCUCUGUCCCGUAUUCCUGCUGCGUUCUGGAAGAAGACGAAGUUAUCGAUGUGCAGUGUGGAUAUAGAGCACUUGAUCCACUGGAUAGAAACUACUACAGGAGACCAAAUGCAACCAAUGAGAUCUACAGCGUUGGGUGCAGACAGGCAGCGGAAGACCUCUUCAAUGACAACUUGGAGAUCAUCCUUGGAGUUGGCGUUGGACUACUUAUCUUUCAGCUCUUCAACAUAAUGCUGGCUGGAGGUAUGCACCACCACUAGCCAGGGCUUUUCUGACACAUUCUGUACUAACCCUCGGCGCACAUGUGCGAGGGUUACAGUACUUGGUCCGUGAGUCUGUCUGUCUGUCAUUACCAUGUACUCUGCCACUAUGCCCUACAAGAAACGGGAGAACGAUACCGACAGGUUUGGCGCUCUGGCUUACCUCGACCUGAUCCGCUUUCUCUUUUGAGGCAGAAGUCUCAACAGAGGGCGUGUAUCGACUCACUCAUGCUAUCUACUAGUGUAACUAGCCUUUGUCAGACUCUCCAUCAGCUAGCAUAAAACACACAUAAUUAGUGGUACCACACAUGCGCAGUGCGCCGAGGGUUUGCACUUUAGUGCUCUCAUUUCGUAGGUCUAGCUCUGGACAUUCGCAAGGAAAAAGCUGCUCUGAAAGCUAUCAAGGAAAGUUAGCGGUUUUAACUCAAGCAACCACUCUAUAAUUAUAUAGAACGCUCCUUUUUUUAACCUUGAGUGUGACAUAUUAUACAUGAUGUGUAUAUACACGUAUUGUGCUUUGCUAUAGUUUAUUUGGAACAUCA